UCCAAAUUCAUAUUUUACAUCCUACUCUCCAGUACUUUUAUUUUCUUUAGACGUUCUUAUUAUCUUAAAUCACAGUGACAGAUUAACAGUUUUGAACAUUUCAAUUCUAGAGUCAAACGAACUUUAAAUUGCAUUACUGCAUUUGUUGACAUUCGAAGAGAAGUUAAAUUAACACUGUGCAGAACCUAAAUACGAAACCAGACGUCUCUUUUAUGUGGAAAGGAUAGAAAAGUAAAAGUUAAAAGAUGAAAAUAUGUUUAAUUUUAACUUGGAUACUACUAACAGAGGCUACAGGUGUGGUUCAGAGUCAUACAGAUAUUAUGUGCUUUCGUAAUAGAUAUGAUACUAGUACAAUUUGCAAACAAAGGUCUAACGAAUUAUCGUGUAAACAGGACGAGGUAAUAAAGAUCAACACAAUUCAAUAUGCAAAGAAUAAAUACUGGCAAUUAUCAUGCUCUAGAUGUUCUACGGAUGCAACUGUACAAAACUGGAAAAAAAGCCCAAGUUCGUUAAGGAAGAUACUCUACCAGCUGUGUUCAAUGCAAAGCAGUUGUUCAUUUGAAAAUGUUAAAACACCUAGCCCCGAUGGAAAUGAAUACAAUUAUUUAUGGUUGGCUUACAUAUCAUAUGACUGUGUCAGCUCAGGCUUAAUCAAUGACAUUUGUUUACCAUGGGAAUCAGCAUUAGGAGCAAACGCUGGUGCUAUUUAUUUAUCACUGAAUGGACGGGAAAGUAUUCUCCAGCAAUGCAGCUGUAUAGUCGAGGGUGAUGUCGAUCAAACCAGUAUUACAGUAAUUGACUACAGACCUUUCUAUAAGGACUCUACAUGCACAGACAGCUUCCUUUCUUUCGAUGGCAAACGACUACUACAAUGUUUGAGCACAUUAGAAUCUGACUCAUCUGCUUACAACACUCCUAUAAAUAUCACCAAAUUGAGAACAAUUAUCACCCUGACAAUUCAUCAUAUGUUACCACAAAUGGUUUGGAUAGCUGUUAAAGGUUUAGAUGUAUCUGUUCAGUGCAAUACUUUCGAUAACACUCAGCAGACAAGUGUGUCAACUUCAACCAAGCCUACAGGAACAACAUUUUCAACAGCUAUGAUUUCUCUGAGCACAGAAUUAAUAGCGGACGAAACAACAGAUUCGUUCGCUACAGAUAUAACUACAACAGUCUCCAAGUCACAACAUGGAAAUAAGAAAGGCAGCUCCGGAGAUGUUCCCUAUUUAGCGAUUGCUGGAGCACUAGUGGGACUAGUAGCACUUGUAUCUGUUGUCACAACUGCUGUUCUACCAUAUCGGAGGAGAUCUCGUCGACUACCUGAAUCAAGAAGCAGUGAAGCUGUAUAUUAUAACGUGGCUCCUUUCAAAGCCCGAGAAACUGAGAAACCUGAAGAAUCUAUGAUGAACUGCGGUAUCAACUUAGCACUGGAAAAAGGAGACGAGCUUUAUGUAAAUACGUCAAAUUCUUCAAAUUCUUCUCCACAAGUACAGGAGGUUUACCGGGUUAAUUUGAAUAUGAUAAGAGAUGAGGUUUUAUGUGGAGCUGGCGCAAAACACACAGAAGAAAUAUCAAUAAAUACGAAGCGCCGAAAUGAAAGUAAAUUUCAUGGUAAUGAAAAUGAAGAACCGUAUUAUAAAAAUUUAACAAGAGGAGGCGAUCAAUGUGAAAUUAACUAUUGUAAACUAUAGCCAACGGAUGAAAACACGCACGAAUACAAUUAUUUGACUGCAAUUUGAUACUGUAAAUGAUAUCGUUUGAAAAAAUAACAUACAUUCGAAAAUGACAUACCAGAAUUGUUUAGAAAGAUAUAUAAUUGAGUGUUAUUGAUAAAAAAUAAAGCUAUAUUCCUUCCAUCUUAUAUGAACUUGCAGUACCGCAAAUAACGCUUUUGAUGCUUUCAGAUUUUUUCUUGCCCCUUGCCGGCGGGGGGAUAGAAAAUGCUGGCUGUAUCUCCAUGCAGAGGGGUACGACUCCCCCGAAAAUGGAGCCACCUGUUUGCCGUGGGUGGCGGCCCGUAAGCCGGAGAGGAGGGUCCUGGAUGUUGAGGUGCCCCAUGGCAUCCCGGGGAGAUGAUGCGUACUUGUUUGCAUGUGCGCAUCUUCUUCCCGGGAUGUGGGUGCCAAUACACAUCUUUGGCCUCUAAUUCGGUGUAGACAUUCUGGCGGUCGUAUUGGCCCGAUACGAUCAAUCGGCUAGUCAUGCCAAGCCCUAGGAAAUCUCACCUUUACGUUUACAUUUUCUAUUGCUUAUUUCAAACUGCAUAUUUAUGUGAUAUUUUUUGUAUUUUCACAAACACAACUUUGGAACAAAAUACGUUACACAAAACCUGUCUUUACUCUGCUGUAUUGUCACAUUUUACUGCGCUCAAUAAACUUCAUAUUACGUUCACACAAAUGUAUUUAACAAUAUAUUUUCAUAUGUACUUCAAUCUAUGUUUCCUAGAAGGCGGUGGCUUAGGGCCAAUCGGUUGGGUAGAG